AUGAGUUCCGUAACCGAGAUCGUAUCCGAACAGCAAGUGAUCGACGGUAUUCAGGAUUUGGCUCUUCAAGUUCAGGAUAAAAACAAGACCCAGGAAGAGAUCCAUGAGCCGAGUUUCGGGAAUCAUGGUGGAUGUUGUGCAAUUUGCUUGAAUGAAAUUCCUCUUCAAGAAACUGCUAUGGUGAAAGGCUGUGAACAUACUUACUGUGUGACGUGCAUACUUCGCUGGGCGAGUUACAAAGAGAGUAGUCCUACAUGCCCGCAAUGUAAGCAGCCAUUUGAUUUCCUCAGUGUCCACCGUGCUCUUGAUGGCAGCAUUGAGGAUUUUAUGUUUGAGGAGAGUGUGUGCCUUCUCCUGAGAGCCUCUUGGUUUCUACCAUUGGAUGUGGCGGAACAGGCGUCAUACAGCGAUGGCUACCAUGAUGAUUUUGACAUUCCUUGUGACUACGAGGAUGAAGAUGAUGACCUUGACGAGUUUUAUUUGCGUGGGCCAAGUCUUCGCAUAGGAAAUCGAAGAUGGGGUGACAAUGGUUUUGUCAGAUCGGGGCGUCAAGAAGCCAGGCCAGUCCAGAAACACAGUAGUUCCAGUUCCAGUUCUAGUUCUGGGUCAUCCUCGUGUGAGACUAAGGAUAAGCAGGUGAAACUUACAAAUACAACAGGAAGACGUGCAAAGAGAGCAAUGAAGCGCGAAGCUGCUAACAAAGCAGCAGAAGUAGCUGCGGCAGCAAAGCACGAAGCCCAUUUGGUUAGGUUGGGAAGGAAGUGA